AUGGGCAUCUCUAAACCUGUAUACACAAUCUUUUCCCGCCAUUUGAGUUCACAACCAAAGCUUCCAAGAAUCCAAUUUAAAUACAAACAACGAGCCAUCAAAGAAGCCCAACAAGCGGUUACCGACUAUCUCCACUUCACAAAGUCCAUACCUUUCACUUACGCAGAUAAUAUUAGCCGAAAUUCUUUAUACAGUCUAUUCAAUCUCAUUAAAAAUCUCGGCAUUCCUUAUAAACCUUCUAAUUUCUCUAAUUCCAUCGUUAGAUUCCUCAGGUACCACCCUAUUAACGAAUUUGAGUUUUUCUUUGAAAGUAUUGGGAUACAUUACAGUGAAGUAAGUGAAAUUUUGCCUGCUAAUAAGUUUUUCUUUUUCGAGGAUGAGAAUGUAUUGAAUGCUGCUUGUGCGCUUUCGGAUUUUGGGUUUCCUUGGAAUAUGUUGGGGAGGUUGUAUAAAGAAGAAGUUUUGAUUUUUAGUAAGAGUUGCGAAGAAAUAACGUCAAAGCUUUGUGGGUUUAAAAAUGAUUAUGGGUUCAGUAACGAUACUGUGAUUGGUGUGUGUUUGGUUUUUCCUCAUGUGUUGUUGGUUGAGGAUGAUGAAUUGUUUGAUGAUUUGAAAAGGGUUUUUGUGGAUUUUGAUUUAGUGAGCUGCGUAGAGGGAUAUGUGGAUUUUUGGUACGAAAUUUGUAGGAAGAUUCGCUUGUUUAAUGAUUUGGGUUGUGAGAAGGGGACGUUAGGUGAAUUGGUGGGUGAGAAUAAAAGAAUAUUUGUUGAUUAUUCAGAAGAGGUUUUGGCUCAAAAGGUGGAGUUCUUUUGUAGAUUUGGAGUUAGGAACGUGGAUGUAGCUUUGUUGCUUCUUAAGUGCCCAGAGAUCCUGAGUUUUGAUUUGGAGACACGAGUGAUUUCUGUGGAGGGAUUAUUCAGACAUUUUGGAUUGAGUGCCAAGGAAACGAAAUCUAUAUCUGAAAAGUACCCGUAUAUAUUGGGAAGAAAUAAAAUGGCUAAUUUGCCUCAUGUGAUGAAGGCAGCAAAUCUGCAAAAUUGGUUCUUUGACAAGAUCAGGAAUGGAAAUCAUCAACUGUUAGGGAAUUAUGCCUUAAGCAAUCCUGACGAAGAUUUCAAUCAAGAAUUUAGGGAUUUCUUGGAGAGGAUCCGAUCUUCAAAAUAUUGUUUUCACACAAUGAAGAAGUUAACAUUCUUGCAUGGAAUCGGUUAUGGAGAAAAUGCUUUGACUAUGAAGGUAUUAGCUACCUUGCAUGGCACCAGUAGUGAGUUGCAAGAGCGAUUUGAUUGCUUUCUCCAUUGUGGAAUCGAAUUCUCGAAGAUCUGUAGGAUGAUAAGAUUGGAUCCAAAGUUUAUGAGCAUGAGUCCAGAAUCUAUGGAGCAGAAGGUGAACUUCCUCUGCCAGGACAUGGGUGCUUCUUUGGAUUACCUUGAUAGGUACCCAAGAUACUUGUGUUUUGACUUAGAGUACAGGAUUAAGCCCAGGUACAGAUUCCACAUGUGGCUUACAGAGAAAGGUUUGUGUACCAAAAAUUACUCCAUUGCGACCAUCCUUUCUACUACUGAAAAGAGUUUCAUGACUCGCAUUCAUGGAAUUCACCCAGCUGCUCCAAAACAGUGGUUGGAGUCUUUCUUGUGCAAAAGACCCAGUGAUAAAUGCUAGAAGUAGAAAGCAUUUUCGUCAAUGAUGACAGUAAAUGUGACUGAGUUACUCUACAGUUCUGCAAAUUGGUAUCUGACAGUAGCAUUACCCAUUUUUCGCAGAUCGUUGUUUUAAACCACUAAGAUGAUAUUGAAGCUGGAGACUACGUAGAUCGCUUGGCCUUGAUAUGUUUUCCAGUGCUGGCUUAUAAGUCAUAGCGCAAUUUGAUGAGCAUCCAUUUUUUUCUUGUAAUGAACUACUGCUAGAGUGCUGGUGCAUAUCCCGGUAUCCAUUUUCUGGCAACCGGAAUAUUCUAAGGCUAUAACAACUCAUGAAAUUACUUUAUUGACCUUUCAAUUUUAAUUUUUAUGAAAUGUUUAAUUAUAAAACCCAAUUACAGGCUAUGAGUCUAGGGGUGCAGUCGAACCGAGUAGCUUGUGAGCUACUCGGAUUCGACUCGUGAUGAGCUCGGACUCGACUCGUCAGGGAACGAGUAGUUCACGAGUUCGAGCUCAACUUCAAGCUCGUGAAAACUAUCGAGCUUUUCGGGCUCGAUUCGAACUGUUCGCGAGCUGUUCGAAGAACUCGUUUCGUCAUUCGAGCAGGAGAGCCCGUGAGAUCGAGCUGUAUUAAUAUUUGCCCUAAAGUCUGAUCAAGUCAUUCAUUCGGCCAAAAACAGAGACAUUCAGCUAUUCACCUCCGCAAAAGCACAGCGCAAGAUCUGAGACCACCAUUGUCUAACCUUCAUCCAGCCUUCAUUCAGUUACUACCGACCAGCGAUCAGCUUCAGCUACUACUGUCCACCAUCGUCUUCCCUUCUUCACUUUCCUGCUGCCACAAGGUUCAUUUUCCUGCUUCUUGACACCCAAAGUUGUCUCUUGCCGUUCUACUGGCGUGGGAAAAACUUAGCUUGUGCAUGCUUUAGCAGCUGAAUAUUUUGGGUCAGAAAAAUCCCUAAUCAGUAUAGACAUGAGUAAAUAUAUGGAGAAACAUACUGUUUCAAAGUUUCUUGGGUCGCCAACGGGUUACUAUGGCUGUGGAGACGGUGGUCAACUGACUGAAGCUGUACGGAAGCAACCUCACAGUGUGGUUCUCUUUGAUGAGGCGGAGAAGGCUCAUUUUGAUGUGUUGAAUAUUAUGCUUCAGGUUUUGGACGCUGGUCGUUUAACGGAUAGCAAAGGGAAGACUGUGAACUUCAACAGAACUUUCAUAAUAAUGACUUCAAAUGUUGAUUCUGAUAAAAUUGCUAAGAAAAGCCAUUUGGGGUAUGAUGAAGUGAAGAUGAAAGUUGAAAAAGAAUUUCAAGCCUUAGUUCUUGAAUAGAUUUGAUGAACUGAUUGUUUUUAUGAAAUUGACUUGCUGUCAGCUAAAACCAAUUGUUGAGAUAAUGCUGAAUGGAGUUUAUCAAAGGGCAAAAGCAAUAAAAAUAAAUCUUGAAGUGACAGAAAAAAAUCACGGAAGAAUUGGUGAGACAGGGGAAUGAUUCUGCCUAUGGAGCAAGGCCAUUGAGAGGGCAAUUAGAGGCUGGUGGAAGACUCAUUGGCGGAAAAGAUAUAAGUGGAGCGUUUAAGGAGGAGGAUUACGUCAAAAUGGAUUUUGAUCUACUGGCAAC